UCUGGCUGUUGGCCCAUCCUUCUGCAGCCCUGGGUCUGCCAAGAGAGAACAGUGGGCCGUUGGCUUUGGAAGGGCCCCCUGUUAACUCUGACCCUCCUCUACCUCCCUUCCUAGAAGAUAGUGGGAGGAGAGGCCCCUAGGCUCUCACUCCCUGGGCGCCAGCCUCCCCACCCAUCCUGAGGGCGGGGCUUGGCUGCACCCACGUGUGGCGGGGUUAAAUGCUGCAGCCAGCACCCAGCUGGCUCGGGCAGAGAAGCGGCACCAUGGCUGGCAAGAAAGUCUGCAUUGUAGGCUCCGGCAAUUGGGGCUCAGCCAUUGCCAAGAUCGUGGGUUGCAAUGCAGCCCAGCUGGCACACUUUGACCCACGGGUGACCAUGUGGGUGUUUGAGGAAGAUAUCGGGGGCAAAAAGCUGACCGAAAUCAUCAACACACAGCAUGAAAAUGUCAAGUACCUGCCUGGGCACAAGCUGCCUCCAAACGUGGUGGCUGUCCCAGAUGUGGUCCAGGCGGCAGCAGACGCCGACAUCCUGAUCUUUGUGGUGCCCCAUCAGUUUAUCGGCAAGAUCUGUGAUCAGCUCAGAGGUCACCUGAAGGCCAACACCAUUGGGAUUUCUCUGAUCAAGGGCGUGGAUGAGGGCCCCAAAGGACUGAAGCUCAUCUCAGAAGUGAUUGGGGAACGCCUGGGCAUCCCCAUGAGCGUGCUGAUGGGUGCCAACAUCGCCAAUGAGGUCGCUGAUGAGAAGUUCUGCGAGACCACCAUUGGCUGCAAGGACCUGGCUCAGGGACAGCUCCUAAAAGAGCUGAUGCAGACGCCCAAUUUCCGCAUCACAGUGGUCCAAGAGGUGGACACGGUAGAGAUUUGUGGGGCCUUAAAGAAUAUAGUGGCUGUUGGGGCCGGAUUCUGCGAUGGGCUGGGCUUUGGCGACAACACCAAGGCGGCGGUGAUCCGGCUGGGGCUCAUGGAGAUGAUCGCUUUUGCCAAGCUCUUCUGCAGUGGCUCCGUGUCCUCUGCCACCUUCCUGGAGAGCUGUGGCGUUGCCGACCUCAUCACCACCUGCUACGGGGGACGGAACCGCAAAGUGGCCGAGGCCUUUGCCCGCACUGGGAAGUCCAUUGAGCAGCUGGAGAAAGAGAUGCUGAAUGGGCAGAAGCUGCAGGGGCCCCAGACAGCCCGGGAGCUGCACAGCAUCCUCCAGCACAAGGGCUUGGUGGACAAGUUCCCCCUAUUCACAGCUGUGUACAAGGUAUGCUACGAGGGCGAGCCGGUGGGAGAAUUCAUCCGCUGCCUGCAGAAUCACCCGGAACACAUGUGAGCCAGGCCGGCGUGGAGACCAGGUGGCUAGCUGCUUUACUCGGACGGAUGGUCAGCUCCUGGGUCAUAGGACCUUGUGGAUUCCUCAGGGAGCAGGGUCUCCCAGGCCCCUCACCCGGAUGACAGGAGCCUGGGGACAACCUGUGGCCUCUUGCUGCCACCACAUCUUGCCAGAAACGGGGUCACCCUGCCCCUGUCCAGAAGGUGCCUUUCUCUCUGUCCCUGCUUUAGCGGUGUGUGUGGCGAAGGACCACCAGUUGCUGCCUCGUGAAGACCAGGAAUCCCACCCCGUAAGCCCAGUCAAGUGGCCAAAGGUGACUCAUCCAUCAGAGAGAUGAGUCAAGGGUGGGGCUGGGGCAGGCAGCUGCCAUAGGCCCCCGAGACCCCUUGGCUGGCCUUUCUGCGAGGCCCACACAGUAUCAAUGGAUCUUAUUGUUUGUUAACAAAAUACAAAGAUCUCAAACAACA